AUGCGACAGCGCGCCGUCACUAAUGACGUAACCAAUGGCGGCCGAAGCGCUACCGACGCGCACGAGGGCCUCGUGUCCCGCUCCGCGCGUCGUGUGUUGAAGACUGUCGACGUGUACCCGAAGAUGCACCGCGAGUUCAACGUGCAGACGGAGUUUGGCGCCACGGUUUCCAUCGCCGCAGCGCUGGUCAUGCUCGUCCUGUUUCUAUCGGAGCUGCACGCGUAUUGGCGCCCUCAUACCCACGAGCACAUGGUCGUGGACACCUCGUUAAGUGCGAAGCUGCAGGUCAAUCUCGACAUUAGCUACUUGGCGAUCAACUGCCGCGACGCGCACAUCAACGCGAUGGACGUGGCUGGAGAGCUCCAAGUGAAUAUGCACCAGACGAUCGUCAAGACCCGGCUGGACGAUCGGGGGAAUGCUAUUGGACGUCCUGUUGCUAUGGAGAGAAGAGGGGGGAGCACCGUGAGUGACGAGACGGAGGUGGACAUGGGAGGUUCAGAGAGAGAGUGUGGCAGUUGCUACGACGCUAGGCACCCGUCCGGGAAGAGCUGCUGCAAUUCGUGCGAAGAGGUGAAGGAGGCGUUUGUCUACAGCGGGUACUCGCUCGAAGAUGCCGACGGGAAAGCACAGUGUGUGAGGGAGGCUGUGGAAGAAGAGAAACUGGCGCAGGACGGAGAGGGCUGUCGGUUCACAGGUACGAUGCUCGUGAACCGCGUGGCAGGCAACUUCCACGUUGCACUUGGACACACGUUUCAUCGACAGGGUAAACUUGUGCACCAGUUCCGACCGGGUGAGGAGUACACGUACAACUCGAGUCACGUGGUUCAUAGCCUUUCCUUUGGCGAGCCUAUGUCGGGUGUUACGGGACCUCUCGAUGGUGAAUUGAAGAUUGCGACACAGUACGGCGGCGUGUUUCAGUACUACAUCAAGAUUGUGCCUACGAUCUACAGCGAUAUCGACGAGAAGGCGAUUCACUCGUAUCAGUUCUCGGUCACCCAGCAGAGCAACUACUUGGGCCCCUACGGACAGAUGAAGUCGCUUCCGGGUACUUUUUUCGUGUUUGAUCUCUCGCCGUUCAUGGUGAAGGUGGAGAAUGACCGCAUGCCGUUCACGCAUUUUCUUACAAAAGUUUGUGCCAUUGUCGGUGGCGUCAUCUCGAUUGCUGGCUUUGUGGAUUCGUUCACGUACAAUUCGCUGCGCGUUCGUCGUCCAACCCCUGCUGGUGGGGUCAGUAAGUACGGCUAG